CUCUGUCUAUCUUACGUUGUGCACCUUUACGCGUCGACGUGUGCCAUUUGGCUGUUUAAAAAUUCCGUAGUAACGCGAUUAAAUCGCCCGGAAUUAUCUACAAUAAAAUAUUUUAAAAUGGAGCACUGUGUUUUACCUUGGUUUAUGGAUAUUUGAGGUUCAGUGAUUGAAAUUUAAAAAAAUAUAUUAUUCUUCUAUUUUUUUUUCAUUUGAACUGUGCAUCGGCGUCCUGCAGUUCCGGCGUCCUGUUGUGUCGUCGUCGAAGCAUGGCGCGCGGAACUCGUAUCAUAUUUUAUAACAUUAUCGCAAUACAACGCAGGUGAUAGUUUGACAAUUACCGCGAAGAGUUUAUCUGGAGUGAAGUGGAAUAAGAUAAAUAUCCGUUUGAAACAAAGGGAGUGAGGUUUCUUCAUGUUAAGAAUAUUUGUAUUGUUGAAAUUUUGCUAUGCUAUUUAUUCGAUACAAACGUCAUAUUGUUGAAUCAACGUGAGCUGUUUUUACGCCGCCACGCCGCCAAUUUGUGCGGAGAUAACCAGGCGGCGAAAUGAGGAGAAUAAGUGUUGGUGGCAUGAGCCGGCCGUCGAAAACAGUGACCCAGGUGAAGAAGGUGGCACCACCGGCUGUGCCCGAUGUAUUCCGACACUCAGGCUCGUCCUUCGGAUCGGCGGGAUACGCAAGCAGCGAGGACGGUGGUUUCCUGUCAAGCGGCGGCGGCGGGGGCGGACCUGGUGACGACGGGUCCUAUGGAAUGCCAGCGGGAAAGAGUCCAGGACCGAUUUACACGCAUCCUGGAUUUGCAUUCCCACCAGUCGUUGGCAAAUAUGCCCACACCGAGGAUCAAGGUAUUGAUAUGACACAGAGCCCGGGCAGGGACAGCCCAGGAAGUUCCGGCUCGGGAUCUGGCUCGAGACACUCAACAGCAUCACUUGACUCGGGAAGGGCCUCGGGUUAUCAUCUCGGACCACGUGGACCUGGUGCCCUUGCAUCAUCGCCCAGAUGCUCAAUCAGUUCACUCAGCAGUCAUCCAGACAGGCCACCUGACCUUGACGUUGUGCAUGCAUGGCUAACUGAGCUACAGUUUGAGGAGUAUUUUCCUCUAUUCGCCUCGGCUGGAUACGAUCUCGCUACCAUUACUCGAAUGACCCCAGAAGACCUCACGGCAAUAGGUAUCAAAAAACCAAAUCACAGGAAACGACUUAAAGCGGAGAUCGACAAUCUUAACGUAGGUGAUGGUUUGCCGGAGCAUGUACCAGGCUCCCUGGAGGAGUGGCUGAGAUUAUUGCGUCUUGAGGAGUACCUUGGUGCACUUCAUCAGCAGGGUAUGAGAUCUGUUGAGGAUGUUACGACUCUCACAUGGGAGGACCUUGAGGACAUUGGAAUUGUUCGUUUGGGUCAUCAGAAAAAACUUUUAUUGGCGAUAAAACGUGUUAAGGAUAUAAGAUCGGGUAAGAGGGUUCAGCCUCUGGAUUUGACGAGACUUCCACCCCAUCCUGGACAUACACAGGACGUUGUGAUACAGAGGGGUGGGCCUGAUCUACCAUCACCCGAUGAGGAUUGUUCAUCACCUGUACUUAGGUCAUUUCAAAGAGCUGGAAAUGAAUCCUCCUCAGCGUGGAGAAGUAUGUAUGCUGCAUUGCCUGGUGGUAUGGAUUACUGCACUGUGGGCAGGGGACCACGUGGUAAAUCACUUGAAAGUCUGGAAGACGCUCCUCUUGGAUAUCCACCGUCGCCAGCUCCAGUGCAACACAUCGACCCACUUGGAUGGCGUCCGAGGUGUUUCGAGGACGGCGACGUGACACCCACGAAUGAGGUCUCUUCCAUGAUUGAGGCUGGCGGUGGUACACUUCCACGACCGAGGCACUGUCUUGUCAGACCACGACCCGUUGCCAAGUUUAUGGAACAGGUAACUGCAACCCAGGGUCAAUUCAAAUCGCUGCCCAGGGAUUUUGAUAACAAGUAUCAAUUGACCUAUGGUUUGGAGAGUAGUCCACAUCUUCCAAAACGACGACCACCAUCACCACCGAGGAGGCAGAGCUCCAGGGAUUUGGGUAAUGUUGUUGGUGGUAAUGGUGGUAAUGGUGAUGUUGUUAUCGACUGUAGUGGACCAGUACCGACUGCCUGUGAUGAGCAUCAUAUUCAUCAUCAUUCACUUCAUCAUCCACCACCACCGGCCCCUGCACCAUCAGCUGCACCAUCGACACCACAAUUUCACAGACCUGCCUCAUCCAUGUCACGUUCCUGGGGCAGUGUUAGUGCCAAUGUCAAUGAGGAACACGAACUUAUUGCCACUCUCGCUCUACAACAUCGUAACGGUUCUGACGCCAGUUUUAAGUCAAGCUCAAGCACAGAGUCGGAUUCCCUACCCUUUGCAAACGAAAACGCAGGGACGAUAAAACAACGUGCAGCACGAGUUCAGGAAUACGGUAAUAACUCUCCAAACCUCAGUGGGCACGUGGUAUCCCAUCAGCAUCGUCCACCAAAUGGCAAUGAGCCGGCAGAUGUACUAAACGACAUUGGCAAUAUGCUUGCCAAUCUAACCGACGAGUUGGACGCCAUGCUGGAGGAAGAGAAGCGUCAAGGCCUCAAUCCAUAAUGCUUUUAUACUUUGCAUUGCCAUAAAACAAUGGAUGAAUGAGGAGAAAGAGAUUAAUGACGGGCAGAUUGAAAGAAAGAGAAAGAAGAACUAAUAACAAUGAUAGAAUUCAUAUUUCCUGAUUCGAUGAAACUGCGAUAAGUCACCAAGUCCAAAUUGCAGCCAUUGUAGGGAAAUUGCAAGUGAAAUGAAUGAAAAAAUAAUGUUUGGGAUUUAGUGAUGACAGCCUUCCAGUCUCAUUCUGUUCUUCCUGUGAAAUAACUACAGUCUUAAACAAUACUUUUCAGUUGUUAUCUAUGAUUGAUGCCAGAUAGAGUAUCUGACAACAUAUUCACUGUAUAAUUCUCUAUAGAUAACAAAAAAAAUAUUUCUAGGGCUCAUCUUUCUCUCAUUAUAGUCAUAAACAAAUGUAUAUGUUUAUAUUGAGCCGUUGGAUAAGCGCACGUGCUGCUUGUGAUGUUUUCCCUCUUCCUUUAACCGAGCUUAUUUUUCUUGGCGCCACCGAUAGACAGAAUUAUUACUAUUACCUCUUUUUUCGGAUUAUAGUUCUCUCAGACAUUCCAUUUGAGACCCACUUUUUUGUAGUCCCACACCCCGUUCUUCUUGGUAACAUAAAGAGAAAAUUACAUAGAAAAUGAAAUUAAGUACAGAAGAAAUUCUGUAGUUUGUUGGGUUUUUGUUUUUGUGAACAAAGAGUAUGAAAUUAUAAGAAUGGAGUGUCCUUGGAGUCUCGAAUGACUCGAGAUCUUCCCAUGAAUCUAUUGUGUAAAAAAAAAUUAAUAAAAAACAAACAUGCAAUUACGUAACUGCAGUAAAGCAUAAUUAUCCGAAUGCCAAUUGAUGUUUUUUUUAUAUUUAUUACGCACUAAUUAACGAAACGUAGAUGAAAAAAACUGCUAUACGUGACGGAACAAUUGUUAUAGCAAUAAUGUGCCCAGCUAUACAGGGUGCCCGGGAAGUUCCGAUAUAAGUUUUUUUAUUUCAUUUAAACGAGAGAAAAACCAAUCUAUAUGAGAUUUUUUCAAUUUUUUAAAAAUGUACAGUUGUUUACAUCAUAACUGAAAAUUAAAUUGACGUAAGGUGCAUUAGCUUAAAUAAGAGAAAUGUAACGUCAUCACUCCUCUGGCGCUGCUCAGUGGGCCCAGAAUAAAAAAGCAAAGAUAUUUGAAAAUAAUUAAAUUGCAGGAUUAUCAAACGUAAAUUCACGAUCGGAUAAAAUUGUGCUCCUGCCCAUUCGUGACACAGAAAUAAAAUAAACCGCUAUUUAAGAUUACCUUAAUCGUUGGGAUUAAUCUACUAAAGCAAAUGAAAGAAAAAAAAACAUUUCGAAAAAAACGAUCCGGUAUUACUCGGUUCGAGGACUUGUCUUGUUAACUAUUGUAGGUGUAUAGUUAUAUAUAGAUACUGCCAUGGAUGAGCAAUGGAUUUCGAGGCUUGUCGGAAGUUUCAGUUCCAAAAAAAAAAAUCAAAGAGACUUAUUCAUUAGUAGAAAAAGUGAAAGAAGGUAUAACUCUUCGAGUGUGAAGGCCCUGCCCUUAUUUCCGCUUUCAAUUUCCUCAUACCUUCCACAAAGUUAACAAUAAAAAUAAUACUUACGCAUCAGUAUUCUCGUUAGAAUGGAGCAACUUACCGAUAACCCUUGCAAUCAGUGCUUUUGCAUGGUGUAUAAAAAUAUUAUAUAU